UUAAGCUAAAAGGAAUGCAGCACUAGAGAGAGAGAGAGAGAGAGAGAGCGGUAAAGCUUGGCAUUGACUCGAGGGAGAGAGAGUGAAAGGAGAGAGAAACAAGAAGCGAGGCGAGGGUUCAGGUAGAGAGGAACGUGACCUAUUUGAAGAGAUCCAGAUCUAGCUACACUCUCCCACUCUCUCUCUCUCUCCUUCUUCGCUCUGCUUCUCCGCCGGAGGAGAAUAGAGAGAGUAAGAAUCGAUGCAGAGGAAUGAAGAAGGCUUGUCAGUUUAGAUGGACUUUCAGUGAGCGGAUGAGUAGAUAGACGCAGCUGUUUAAUUAAACUAGGCAGCUCUUUUUCUUUAUCGUCUUCGCAGGGCUUUCUUUCUCUCUGCUCUUAUAGAUAAAAGCAAGAGGAACGAUAAAGGAGCAACCUUUAGCUUCUCUUUUGGCCAUGGAUGCAUACGAAGCAACCAAAAUCGUUUUUUCCAGAAUACAGAACUUGGAUCCAGAGAACGCCGCCAAGAUCAUGGGACUUCUGUUAAUCCAAGACCAUGGAGAGAAGGAGAUGAUCCGCUUAGCUUUCGGUCCGGAAUCUCUUCUCCAGUCCCUCGUUUUCAAAGCACACAAAGACCUCGGCCUACUAGCUCGGCCGCAGCCGCUCGCCAUCCCUUCCCCUUCCUUGUGGUCGACGCCCUCAGCCGGCGAUGAACUAAUCGACGAGCUCCAGCUCCAAGCAGGCGAAGACAUGGGGUGGGCCCAGCGCUGCUUUGCCGCUGACCCGUGGAAGCCCUGUCUCUACUUCGCGAGAGGAUACUGCAAGAACGGCACUAGCUGUCGCUUUCUUCAUGACGAGCCAGCUGCCGCCGUGGUUGACCGGUCGAAGAGCUUGCGGUUUAUGAACUCUGGUUCGACCGCCUUUCCUUACUCGCCGACUGGGCCUUUGCCGCCGUCGCCGAAAUGCAUGAAUAUAAACUUCCUGCUUCAGCAGCAGCGGAGCGAGAGCCAAAGGGCGGCGGCUGCCGCCGCCGCAGCGGCAGCGCUGAUGCUCGGAGGAGAAGACCCACAGAAGUUCAUAGGCCGGCCGAGAAUAGAAGGGAAUGAUUUUUCCGGCAUCGUAAACCCUGUCUCAAGACAGAUUUACUUAACCUUCCCGGCGGACAGCACUUUCCGGGAGGAAGACGUCUCCAACUACUUCAGCAUCUUUGGACCAGUGCAGGAUGUGAGGAUCCCAUAUCAGCAGAAGAGAAUGUUUGGGUUCGUCACCUUCCUUUACCCUGAGACCGUGAAACUAAUCCUCUCAAAGGGCAAUCCUCACUUCGUCUGCGACGCUCGAGUUCUUGUCAAACCCUAUAAAGAGAAGGGAAAAGUCCCAGACAAGUACAGGAAGCAGCACGGGGAUAGGGGAGAUUUUUCUGGUUGCACAACUCCAACUGGGCUGGAUUCCAGAGACCCAUUUGACCUUCAGCAACUCGGGGCAAGAAUGCUUUACUCGAGCGGCAACCAGGAUAUUCUUCUUCGUAGGAAGCUUGAAGAACAGAGAGAGCUUCAGCAAGCUAUCGAGCUUCAGCACAGGCGGUUCAUGGGUCUCCAGCUUCUUGAUCUCAAGCGGAACAAUAUGACUUCAACGUUUACGAUCAAAACCACUUUAGAAGAUGAUAAAAGCUCGGUGCUUGGGGUUGUUGCUGCUCGUGCAGACAAAGAGGAGGCGAGUCCCAAAGAAGAUGGAGAUUUCCAAGAAAGAGCGGAGCAUAAUCUCCCUGACAAUCCAUUCGCAUCGCCGACAAAGUUGGCCUUGGCCGCCGCCGCCGCCGCCGGCGACUACUCUUCUUUGGUCUCAGAAGCAGACGCCGGUGGUGCGACUGCUUCCUCUUCUGCUUCCUCUUCUGCUUCCUCGUCUUCUCUGUUUGCCUCCACUUUACUGCCUGCAACUUCUACUUUGGAGAGCAUGGCUUCUUUCAAAUCUUGUUUUUUCCAGAUGCCGAGGCUCUCCUCCGGCCCUGGAGCAGUUGGCCUCUAACGCAUGGAAGCUAGUUCUUCUCCCAAUCAAAGGAAAAAAACUGGCACAUCUAGGAAAAGAGAAUAGUUAGCAAGCUGUUUCCUUUAUUUCUUUUCAAAGUUUUAAUUUUUAUAGCAUUUUACUUUGGAGUGAAAAAGCCAUAACAGAGAAUGAUGGAGGAAGGAGAAAUGGAAGAUAAAGAUGGUGGAAAAGGAUAAGAAAAACUAAAAAUAUCAGUGACGAAGACAUUGAUCAAUCAAUCAGAGGCUUCUCCAAUGAAUCAUACGGCUGUGAAUGCCAUUAGAAGUAGAUCAGUACAGCUGAAUAGUGAGUACAGAAAUCCACACAGAAGAAGAAACAAGACAGAGAGAGAGAGAGAGAGAAAGAUUUAAGCUGAGGGCCUGAGGCUAAGAAUGGAUAAGAUCAGAGUUGCAGAAGAACUAACGUAGAACAGCUUCUCUCCUCUCUUCCUUCUUACUCGUUUAUUUAACCUUUAGUCUCUUUUUAUGUUUGUAUUUCCUCUGUAGGAAUUGAAAUCCAUAAAAUACUUAGAAGAAAGGAGUCAUAAGAAAUCAGGAAGUGGAAGAACUGCUCUUACUGUAACUAAUCAAAAUUUAAAGAAGAGAUAUAACAAAUGAAGCUCUUUUAUGAUAAA